CGAGGUUUUCAUGGCUUCAAAAACAAGACUAUUCCAGGCUGCCUAGACCGCGAAAACCACUUCCACGCUUCUGGAUCGUGCCAAGAGGCGCACUGAUCUUCUCUCUGCAGACCAGAGGCAACGCAACUUCCAGCAGAAAACCAGUUCUCGCAAGGCAGCACGUGCGAUCACACUUCGACAUGAAUUGGUGGAAAGUGGCCAGUCGAUAUGGACCUUCGUUUAUCAUGACAGUGAUUCUGGUAACUGCGACACUUAGUGACGCCACUGAAGAUGCCACCCAGCCACCUGAGCCAACCUGCAGAGGAGGUGAUGAAAACAUCGAUGUCUGUGCCUGCGAUCCUGAAUGUGCGCGGUACGGGGACUGCUGUCGUACGUCCCCGUACUUCGCCCCAGAAGAACAACGUCUGGGGGCCUCCCCCUUCACAUGUAUGGAUCUUUCUGGAAAAUCUAUAUACGUGAUACCGCGAUGUCCUCCAGACUGGGGGGAUUCCGACACCCGCAACCGAUGCGAACACCCCGACACCAAUCACCGUGACCCACUGCUCGACGCCCCGGUCACGAGCAGGAGUACCAACAUCACUUACAGCAACUGGUACUGUGCAUUCUGUAACAGCGACCUCGAUGCCAACACCACGGACAUUUGGGACGCUUUAUUUGACUGUACACCCGAGGAUGGAUCGCCUGAUAUUCUUAUACCUGACGAAACAUUUGCUGAUAAACUAUCUUACAAUACUUCCACUUCAGAAUGGGAUUUGAAUAUUGAUAAUUAUGACUUGGGCAAUCAUUCUGGUGUAUCUAUUCAAGAAGAACCUAUGCAGGGUACAGUAAACAGAAGAAACCGUGUAAAGCAAGAAUAUAAACACAGCUGUACGUUAAAUUUCAGGCCGCAUUAUGAAGAAAUGAGAGUAAUCCGGAUUUGCAAAACUAACAUCAUAAGCCACUGUCUUCGGGAAUGGACUGGGACUCGAGAAGAACAGCUAUGUGAGGCAUACACAGCUCUUGUCUGCUCCGAUUACGACACGUAUCGUAACUAUCAUUGUUUUGUCUGUAACAAUUUUACCGUCUUAAAUGAAUGUCAAUAUUCUUAUGUAACUGCUCCACCGGAAUUUUUCGGAAACUCACUGUCGAUGUUGCUUGACUGGAAGAGAUUAAAAAGGAGCGGAUGUGCAUCAUCUGAAAUAUAUGAUCCUUUAUCUCGUAUAUGUCGAAAAGUAUUCACAUAAUCAACUGUACAAGUCAAGACCAAUUUCUUUGUGUAUUUUCCUGUAAAUUGACAUUCAUGUAUCAAGUAGACUGACAGGUCUUUAAAAAAUAUAUACAAAGCACAGUGAACAAAAAAAAUUGUCCUUCAUUAAUGUAGCAGAAGAUCAGAUAAGGUAGUGACCACACAGACGUCUUACUGCUGAAGAUGUAUCAUUACAUGAUUGAUAAUAAAUUAAUAUGUUUACCACUUCUGAUUCA